CCCGACGCCUCGCUCUGUGUGUCGCUGCCUUGCCGAACAGUGAAUAUUCAGUGAGGAAAAGAGAGGGAGUCACGCUAAAUACCCAGGUGACUUAUCUAAUCGUAACGCAAGGCUAAGGGAACAGUGUGUGCGGGGCAAGGUGCGGACCAGGCAGCAUACGGGAGGUGCCUCUCCAGUAGGUACAGCGUAAAUACGUCAGUCGUCAUUCACCGCCUGCUGCUGGAAGUGGACGGCCGCGACGGUCUUUUAAAAUGAAGGCGGUGACGUUAUGUUUGGUGGGUGCUGUCUUGGCUGGGGGCGUCCUGGGAGACCUGAAGCCCCCUGAGAAGUCCUACAAGAUCCUUAUGCUCCUUCCAAUGUCUUCUAAAAGCCACAGAAACGUGUUUAUGCCCCUGGCCGAGGCUCUGGCUAACCGCGGACACAAGAUAGUGAUGGUGAGCGGCAUGCCACCUGCCUCCAAACACCCCAACAUCCUGGAGAUCAACCACGGGAUGCAACACAUGAACGAAGGCACCAAGAACAUGUUUGACCUUAGGAAGGGUAAAGGAAAAGACCUGGACAUGUUUAAGGUGAUGCUACCAUCAAUGGCCCACGACAUGUACAAGCUGCCAGCCAUCAAGGAACUUUACGACAAAAGGAAAGAUUUUGACCUCAUUGUUAUCAACCACAUGUUCAACGAGUUCGCCUACCCGUUCGCGCACGAGGUUCCCUUCAUCACGGUGGCCACGCCCGGGAUGGACUUCCGCCAGAGUGCCGUGCUGGGCAACGUGCUCAAUCCCGCCUACGUGUCCAACAUGAUGGUGAACUUCGCCACCCCCAUGUCCCUCUUGGACCGCGCCCGCAACACAUUCAUGCACUUCUGGAUGCCAUUCUUCUGGAGGAAGUGGGCUGUGGUGCCGCUCAUACAGAAAGAGAUCUCAGCCCACUUCCCCGACCUGCCGCCGCUGCUGGAGAUCGAGAGGAACCAGAGUCUGACCCUGAUGAACACUCACUUCAGCAUCACCACGCCGGUGCCUCUCCUGCCUUCACAGAUAGAAGUGGGCGCCAUGCACUGCCGCCCCGCCAAGCCGCUGCCGCAGGACCUGGAGGCGUGGAUCGCGGGCGCAGGCUCAACAGGCGUCAUCUACUUCAGCCUGGGCUCCAUCGCCCGCGGAGAAACCAUGCCGCCUCAGUACCGCCAAGCCUUCGUGGAGGCCUUCCGCAGACUGCCGCAGCGGGUGCUGUGGAAGUACGAGGGGGAGCUGGAGGGCCUGUCUGACAACGUGAGGCUCAGCAGCUGGCUGCCCCAGCAGGACGUCCUGGGUCACCACAAUGUGAAGGUGUUCAUCUCCCAUGGCGGCCUGCUCAGCCUGCAGGAGUCUGUGUACCACAACACGCCCCUCCUCGUCCUGCCCAUCUUCGGGGACCAGCCCAAGAACGGCAUGUUCGUGGAGAACUCUGGCCUGGGCCACAUGUUGGUGUGGGAGGAGCUCACCGCUGACAGCAUCGUGGACGCCCUCACCGACAUCGUCAGCAGCCCAAGGUUCAAGGACAAGGUGGGCGCCAUGUCGGCGUCCUUGAGGGAUCAGCUGACGACGCCGCAGGAGCGCGCGGUGUUCUGGACGGAGUACGUGAUCCGCCAUCGUGGGGCGCCCCAGCUGAGAUGCCCCGGCGCCCAGCUCUCCUGGGUGGAGUUCCUCAUGCUGGACGUGCUGGGCCUCCUGCUGCUGGCGCUGCUGCUGCUGCUGCUCCUCGCACGCCGACUUCUGCGUGCUGUCUCCGCCGCACUCUUCGGUAGCGGCGGCAAGAAGAAGAAGAGGGACUAGCGAGUCUAUUAUCAUCGCAGUCCUCAGCGGCGGCGGUGGCGGCGAUGGCAUGAAUAUGAGGAACUAAUGUGUCGAGAAAUUUAGACUUAAUAGUAGGUUUAAACCCUUUUUUUAUGUGCUGUGAUUGUUGUAAAGAAAACAAUAGUGACAACUCUGAUGUGAUUAAAAGUUUCUUCCUAUGAAA